GUGUUUGGCCUGGUAUGGUUCUCAAUCAGAGGCAGCUGUCAAUCGUUGUCCCUGAUUGAGAACCAUAUUUAGGUAGCCUGUUUUCUAUUGUGUUUUUUACGUGGCUGCACUAGACAGAACUGUUUCAGUUGUUGUUUUGUUAUUCAGUGUUCAGUUUUCAUUAAAUAAGAUGAACAUGUACCACGCUAUGCAUUGGUCCUCACCUUCUUCCCACGACGGCCGUUACAACAAUGGACAGGGAGACUAUGCCAGUGUUCAAUUCUAUCGCUCCAAAAACCAGGAAGUGCCUCUGGACUUCAUCGUCCAAAUGCCUCAACCUCAGGAACAGGAUGUGGAUGUCCAGUACGCUGCUUUUAAAUUCAGCCACCCCAGUGCUGCCACCCGUGACAGUAAGUUGACUAACUGUUCAAGACCUUCCCCUUCACUUCACUCUACUGCAGGGUGGGAGAUGCAACAAUGGCCUUGAGAACAGCAGGAAGUGUGUUGGUGGUCUUUCUCUGGUCUGUAGCAGUGGUACUGGGUCAGGAUGUCUGGAGUGUAACUUACACCAAGAAUAGAAUCUGUGUCUUGAAGGGGUCUUCAGUGGAGCUGUCCUGCUCUUACACAUAUCCCAGUGGUCAUAAAGUCACAACAGCCUUCUGGUUCACUGAAUUGGGGACUGGUGUAGAACCUGACAGUCUAGGUCAGGACCCAGAGUAUUCAGGUCGUCUGGAGUAUCAUGGAGACAAGAAUGGUCAAAGCCUGAAAAUAACAGACCUGGCAGAGAGUGACUCUGCUGAGUACAAGUUCAGGUUUAUGACAAAUCAGGAAGGAGGGAAAUAUAUGGGCAGUCCUGGAGUCACUCUGUCUGUCACAGGUCUUCAGGUGAAGGUGACUGGUGGACAUCAGGAUAAGACACUGACCUGUAGCACCACCUGUACUCUGACCUGACAACCCCACCUACAUCUGGUACAAGAACGGACACAAAGUAAAGGAGGACACCUCCAGCCUGGACUCAGACUCCUUUAGUGAUACAGACAGGUACUCCUGUGCUGUAAAAGGCCAUGAGGAUCUCCACUCUCUUGCAGUGUGUAAGAACUGUUGGAUUGUGACUUACACCCAUCAGAGUAUCUGUGCCUUGAAGGGGUCAACAGUGGACAUAUCCUGCUCCUACACAUAUCCCAUUGAUCAUGAGAUCAAAACAACUUUCUGGUUUACUAAAUGGGAGUCUGAUAUGGAUCCUGAAGAUCUGAGCUCAAUGCCAGGAUAUGAAGGUCAUAUAGAGUACCUUGGGGAUAAGGAGAGUGAGGGUACCCUGAGAAUCACAGACCUGAGAUUGAGUGACUCUGCUGGGUACAGAUUCAGAUUGAUAACAUCUGGAGAUAAGUUUGCUGGCUCACCUGUCUCCCUGACUGUCACAGAUGUUGUGUUGGAGAUGGUUCCUACAUCUGUGUCAGAGAGUGAGAGUGUCACACUGACAUGUAGAACCAAAUGUACGCUGGACCCAAUCGCAGCAUUUAUUUGGUAUAAGAAUGGACAACCUAUACCAAACAGCAACACCUACUCUCUUGUCUAUAGCCUUUUCUCAGUCAGCAGUGAGGAUACAGGCAGAUACUCCUGUGCUGUAGAAGGCCAUGAGGAUCUCCCCUCUGCUGAAGAGACUCUCACGGUCAGAUAUGGACCAAGGAACACCUCAGUGUCAGUCAGUCCCUCUGGUGAAAUAGUGGAGGGCAGUUCAGUGACUCUGACCUGCAGCAGUGAUGCCAACCCACCUGCGGACAAAUACACCUGGUACAAGAAAAAUAUAGCCUCACCAAAAGCAUCAGGACAGAGUUACAGCAUCACUAACAUCAGCUCUGAGGACAGAGUAGAGUACUACUGUGAAGCUAGCAACAGUAAAGGGACAGAGACUUCCAUCCCUGUCCAUAUUAAUGUCAUGUCAGUGUUUCCCUGGGUUCCUGUAAUGGGGGUGGGGGCUGUCCUGACUGCUGGAGCUCUUCUAGUCAUCAUCUACUGCACUCUGAAGAGGAGAUCCACAGGAGGAAGUGAUGCCACAACAGACACACAGAGUGUCCACCAUGACCCUAACAGUGACCCGUACACAGGUCUGAACAUGAGGACCAUGUCCCCUGACUAUGACACUCUGGCAGUCUUCAGGUGAAGGUGACUGGUGGACAUCAGGAUAAGACACUGACCUGUAGCACCACCUGUACUCUGACUGACAACCCCACCUACAUCUGGUACAAGAACGGACAACAUCUAGAUGAGAGCACCUCCCCCCAGUACAAAGACCCAGUCUCCAGCAACUAUGAAGACAGCUACUCCUGUGCUGUAAAAUGCCAUGAGGAUCUCCUCUCUCCUGCAGUGUGGGAGUGUUUCUUUAAUUCAGAAUUGUAUAUACUGUAUAACCUCUGUGUCAUUUGACAACUAUUACCAUUUCUAGAAAGAACUAAGACAAGGUCCUCAUGGCAUGUCAUUGUACUACAGGUGUUCAGGGUCAGAGCUGCAUCAGAGUGUUUUAACCCAGGAAGAGAAUCUGUGUCUUGAAGGGGUCAACAGUGGAUAUAUCCUGUACUUAUGACAGUGGUUAUGAUACUGUCACAUCAUCACCCUGGUUUAGUCCUAAACAGAGAUCUAGGUGGAGGGAUAAGUCGGUACCUGAGGACCCAACCACAGACAGUGUGCAGUGUGUGUUACGUCCUGACCUUAGUUCCUUUUUUAUGUCUCUAUUUGAGUUUGGUCAGGGCGUGAGUUGGGGUGGGCAUUCUAUGUUUUGUUCUGUGUGUUAUAUUUCUAGGUGUUUGGCCUGGUGGUUGGUUCCCAAUCAGAGGCAGCUGUCAAUCGUUGUCUCUGAUUGAGAACCAUACUUAGGCAGCCUGCUUUCCCACUAUGGGUUGUGGGUAGUUGUUUUCCGUUUCAGUGUUUGCACCAUACGGGACUGUUUCGAUUUUCAUUUCUUUCCUUCACUUUGUUAUUUUCUAUUUUUCGUGUUCUGAGAUAAUAAAUUAUCAUGGACACUUACAACGCUGCAUUUUGGUCCGAUCCUUCCUACUCCUCAUCAGACAAAGAAGAAGUUCGAUACAGUAUGCUGAAGAGAAGGAGAGGGGUCGCUCCACCCUGAGAAUCUCAGAUCUGAGAGAGGAGGACUCAGCUGAGUAUCGCUUCACUUUUAAAACUCAACUUUGAAUGGGGUCAUAGUUUCCCAGGAACAAGUCUGUCUGUCACAGGUAAUACUACACUGUAUGAUACAACUGUAAAUCAUAAUGAAUUACAGGAUAAAUAUAUUAACCAUCCUGUUAACACAGAGGUGUAUGUGGUUUUAUACAUAUUGUUUCAGGUCUGCAGGUGAAGGUGACUCCUGCUGCAGAGGGACAGAAGACACUGUCCUGUAUCACCACCUGUACUCUGACUGACAACCCCACAUACAUCUGGUACAAGAACGGAAAACGUCUAGAAGAGCCCACUUCCCAACAAUACUCUGUCAAUAGUUAUUAUUCAGACAGUUACCCCUGUAUAGGGACUUAUGAGAUGAUCAAUCAGGUUAAUAAAACCCUCUAGAGUUUAAGCUCCAGAGGGGUCAGAGUUUUUAGGCCAAACCCUUCGGAUGCUAUUGUACAUACGAUUUUGUGAGAAGACCGAUUUUCGGGAUGUCCCAUGAUCUGACAAACACCACUCUAGCUCUGCCACCUUUCAGCACAGAUGCGGAAGGGCGAUAUCGGCUGAUGUGGUGGAUUGAGACGCAGCCCAUCAAUAAAAGAUAUCUCUAUUGUUAACAGACGGAUUUUGGUAUUAUGUUAAUUACACUUAUAAGAGUCACAGCAAAAUCUUUUGUAUGAUCUUUAAUACACUAUUUUAGGCCCAGCUGUUGGAACUUUGUCUUUCCUGGAUAUAGCCACUAUAUUGUGAUCACUGUAUCCAAAGGGUACGGAUACACUGCAGCCAAUGGUUCUACACUAUUAGUCAAAAUGUGACUGAUACAUGUGGAUGAUCUUGUUCCUGUAGUGUUUGUAAACACCCUGGUAGGUUGAUUAAUAACCUAAACCAGAUUACAGGCACUGGCUACAGUGAUAAGCUUCCUCUUGAGCGGACAGCUUGAUGAAAACCAGUCAAUAUUCAGGUCCCCAAAAAAGUAGACCUCUCUGUUUACAUCACAUACACCAUCAAGCAUUUCACACAUAUCAUUUAGAUACUGACUGUUAGCACUUGGUGACUUGGUGACCUAUAGCAACACCUACUGAAGAAUAGGCUUUAGAUGAACCUGCAACCACAACACUUCAAUAACACUUGACAUAAGAUCUUCUCUAAGCAUUACAGGGAUAUGGCUCUGAAUAUAUACAGCAACUCCUCCCCCAUAAGCAUCCCUGUCUCUUCUAUAGAUGCUAUAUCCCGAUUAUUCCUAUUGCUGUACCAUCAAAUGAAUUAGCUAAGUGGGUCGAAGAAAUGGCUAAUAUAUGAAUGUUAUCUGACGGUAGCAAGUUAUUUAUUUCAUUUACCUUAUUUCUAAGGCUACAGAUAUUAAUAUGGGCUAUUUUCAGCCCUUUCCUGGGUAGCUUAUCAGAGAUAGACAUAAUAUGGAAAACAGCAAACAAAGCUAAAUUUUUUAAAAAUGACAUUCAGCAGUCCAGUAAUCAGUAAGUGUGUGUGUUUGCUGUGGGGUUGAAGCUACGAACCCAUAGGCUUGGCUCUCUCAUCCCUUCCAGGCUCAUAUUUUCCAGACUUUAACUUUAACGUUUUAGUUGAAUUCUCUUAACUUGUAAUUAUAAUUAUGUAUAUUGGUGAAAAAUGGGUUGGUUUAUGCUUCUGCUCUUUUUCUGUGUGAUUUUAACAAUUUCAUGAUUUGUGAUCACAUUCUCAGUGAUUAAUAUGGAUAAUAUUGAUAACAGUUUUUUAAUAUAUUUUGCUUUUGGACCAAGUUGCUCCUUAAAAUGAUGUUUUACUUUUUAUUGCAGUCAGUCAUUACUGGUCAUUUUAUAUUUUAUAUUAUGUAAUACCAUAUUGUUCAGUGUCAUGAUAUUGCUUGUUUUAUUAUCACAUUUGUAAUUAUUACAUAUUUUAGAUGCAUUAAAGACAAUUUCACAUGUGCAUUUCUUACAUUGUGGUUAAUUGUCAAUAGAGUAUAAACAUAAUGUUGUAAAUAAGCUCAAAGUAAGACAAUAAAUGAACCAAACAAUAAA